AUGGACGAGGAAGUCGAAGUGGUGAACUCCAUCUACGAAGACUGCGUGCUCCAGAGGGCCGAGAACCUGUAUACGGUGUACAUACCCAAUUCGCCUGUGAGUGUGAGGCUGCUAUUUCCUACCGACUAUCCAGACAAGCCUCCGAGGGUAGCGUCCGUGAAUGCUCCAGAGGGAGUGUGGACUGAUCGGUUUCAGCGGAUAAUUGACGAGACGUUUGCGCAGGACGCUUAUAUUUUUACGUUUAUUGACGAGGUACAGCAGGUUCUCCCUGAAGAAUGGCCCGAAAAGGCCGUGGUGGGAGGUGAAAAGCCUGGUUCGGCAGGCUCAGAGUUUAUCGAGCAAUGGAUAGCUUCCGAAGAGAUCGUGGACCGCAAAUCAGUGUUUAUCGCACGGGUUCUCCAGGUGCACUCUCAGGAAGAGGCCCUGGAGAAAGUCGCAGAUCUCGUACUGGACAAGAAGAUCUCCAAGGCUACUCACAACAUCCAGGCGUGGAGAAUACGGCGGCCAGACGGACUGCUGGUGCAGGACUGCGACGACGACGGCGAGUCGGCCGCAGGAAGCAGGCUGCUGCACUUGCUAAACAUUACAGAGUGUAUUAACGUCGUGGUUGUCGUAUCAAGGUGGUAUGGAGGUACAUUACUUGGCCCCGACAGGUUCAAGCAUAUAAAUGUCUGUGCGCGGGAUGCACUGGUGAAGGGGGGGUUCAUAAAGUCAUAA